ACAGAAAAUAAAGGCAACUGCACCACUGCAAGCAACUGCUCCACAAUCUGCUCUGAAAAAGACAAUUUUUAGUGAUUUAAGUACCUAUGAAUUGUAAUAGCCAUCAGUCCAUUUAUUUUACUGAACUGACAUUGUUUUCUUAAAGAAAACUGUAGCAAAGAUAUGCAAAAGCCCAGAAUAGCUGAUAACAUAUGCAACAAGCUUUGCUUACACAUUGACCGCAGCUUUUGAGCCUUGUAACUCACAAUUUGGCUGCCCACGUGACUAUAAACACCUCCAUGAACCAAAGGUGUAAGUAUUUACAACCCAUAAGUGCAAGUGACACUCAGGCUAUGGGGUAAAUAAGGACACACCUCGAAAGGGACAACCCUGUUUUUCCGUUAACUGCCCUUCCUGUAACUGAUGUGUGACUGCUAGCAAUGCCAGCAGGAAGGACUGCGACUCUGUGCUGAGGAUAAGGCCAUGGAGAGAGCAGGUGAACUUUCUUCUUUAGGGGCAUAACCUGCUGCUACAACAGGAUCCAGGUUUGUAGCCACCCUGGCAAAGUAAUCUGUGACAUUCAUCCUACAGACGUGUGUCCUCAAUCUCCCAUGCUGAAUUAUUAACUUAGAAUUAUUGACCUCCCUUCCUGAAUAGCUUAAGGUCACCAGGAAGGCAGCACAGAGCGAGCAGGAUUAAAGACAGGGGGAAACCACAGCAGCAGCAAGGGUGAAGUGACGCCCGGCUCUUCCAACCCAGUGGCUGCAGCUUUGCUCUCAUCCUGGGGCAGACACACACACAGCGAUGAGGGGCAUGGCCUGGCACUGCCUGGCAGGCUGAGAAUCCAGCCCUCGUUGUGGAGUAAGGACGAUGUCAUCCACUGGCUCAGGUGGGCAGAGAGGGAGUAUUGCCUUCAGCAAACGGAUGAAAGCAAGUUUGAAAUGAAUGGCAAAGCCCUGUGCAUCCUCACCAAGGACGACUUCAGGUUCCGCGCUCCUGGCUCAGGCGAUGUGUUGUAUGAAUUACUUCAGUACAUUAAGACUCAAAGAAGAGCUCUGAGGUACAGUCCUUUGCUGAAAUCACCCUUCCGAGAGGCCAAGGGCACAGGGGAAGGGCUCUGGAAGAUGUCCUGGGAUCCACCUCAGUGCAGCACGAGGUUUUCCCUUUCAGGGAUGGACGACGGUGCAGAGGCUGCCCCGUCUGCUCCCUCGCCCUGCCUGGAACACACUGAGCUGCCCCCAUCCCACAGCCUCCAUCAGCCCCUGAACCUCUCCCAUCCCAGCACUGAGGGCAGCUGCAGGGCAGAAUCCAUCUGCUUUUUUCCUACAGCCCCAUUGGCACCAGUGGAUGGGAAAAUCGCAGACUGCAGGCUGCUGUGGGAUUACAUCUACCAGCUCCUGUCUGACAGCCGCUACGAGCCCUACAUCAAGUGGGAGGACAAAGAGGCCAAGCUCUUCCGCAUCGUUAACCCCCAUGGACUCGCCCAUCUCUGGGGGAACCACAAGAACCGCAUGAACAUGACCUAUGAGAAGAUGUCCCGAGCGCUCAGACAUUACUACAAGCUUAACAUCAUCAAAAGGGAACCGGGGCAGAAGCUGCUGUUCAGAUUUCUGAAGACACCCGAGGAGAUCAUCCAGGAGAAAUCCAGCAGGCUGGAGCAGCUGGAGAACGAGGAGCACGAGGAGCUCAGGGAAGAGCUGCUGGAGGUUUCAGUGCAGGACACCACGGAAGGCUGUGUGUGCAGUGCUGUGCAGGGGGACUUGUGCUCUGCUGGGAAGUGCCAGCACCUCCUGCUCCCUGCACAGAAGGCAGCAGAGGGGGUCCUGGAUUCCAAAAGUUGCCUUGAGCCAAAGCUGUGAUGCCUCGAAGCUGUUGGGAAAGGCUGCUUGGUUGUUGCAGUGAGAUGAACACACGUGCAGGGUCACCAGUGCACUGAUGUUGCCUUGACCUGCUAUAGGACUCACCCUGCAGAUGUGCUGUGCACUGUGAUCUGUCUCCUGUGGAGCUGCGAUUAGGGGUGGGAAUGUGCUGAAGAGAUGGUCUGAAUCCUGGCUGGAGCUUCAGGCUGUACAGAUGUUCUACUGGGUCUUGUUUUAACUGCUUUUAAUCACGCUUUGUGUAACCAUACUGCUAAA